GACGGCGUUUUCCGAUUACGUCAACAAAAUCAAUAAUUCCCAAGUAGUAAUUCCAACCGAAUUUCACUUUAAUCCCCCAAUCACUUUGUAUUUCCCCGAAUUCAACUUAUAAUUUUACGCAUUUGUUUAUUCUUGCGUAUACUGCUGUAUCUCCUUAGUCUCUAUAUAAACCCACUUGAUAAUUGAGCGAAAUAAAUCUACACCUCCCAAUUCUUCUUCAAUUCACUGCCGUAAUCCGAUAUUGAUUAGGUCUUUUUGUGGGUUUGAGAAGUUCAGACCCGUCUCCCCAAAUUAUUCAACUGUUCGUAAUCGAUUUCCGAUAGUUACAGUUCUAGGGUUUGAGAUUGUAAAUUGUAAGAAAUUCUAGCUGAAAAUGACGAUUGGGUCUGAAAAGCCUGUGAAAGAGAAGAGAUCAAGAAAGAGUAAACAAGUGGUUGUUGUUGAUGAGAAAUCGCCAUUGUUACCCACCAAGAAAGGUGAAGAUGGAGGUUUUGAUGAGUUCAAUGGAGCUUCAUUUACUGGUGCAGUGUUUAAUUUAUCAACCACAAUUGUGGGUGCUGGAAUAAUGGCUUUGCCUGCAACUAUGAAAGUAUUAGGGCUUAUACCCGGAAUUGCUUUGAUAAUCUUUAUGGCGUUCUUGACGAAUGCUUCGAUCGAUCUUUUACUUCGAUUCAGUAGGGCUGGGAAAUCGAUUUCUUAUGGAGGUGUUAUGGAGGAUGCUUUUGGAAGAAUUGGUAGAAUGUUGUUGCAAGUAUGUGUGUUGGUUAACAACAUUGGUGUUCUUGUUGUCUACAUGAUUAUCAUCGGUGAUGUGCUGUCUGGAACAACUUCAGAUGGGAUUCACCAUGCUGGUGUUUUACAAGGGUGGUUUGGUGUACACUGGUGGAACGGUCGUUUUUUCGUUCUUCUUGUAACCACCCUCGGGGUAUUUGCGCCGUUAGCCAGUCUAAAGCGGAUAGAUUCACUUAGCUAUACAUCUGCAUUAUCAGUUGGAUUGGCAGUCGUCUUCCUCGUGAUCACUGCAGGAAUUACGAUCUUCAAAUUGGUAACAGGAAGUAUUACAAUGCCUAAAUUGUUUCCCGAUAUCGUGGACUUCACAUCCGCCUUUAAUCUCUUCACUGUUGUCCCCGUGCUCGUUACUGCUUACAUUUGCCAUUACAACGUUCACACAAUCGAUAACGAACUUGAAGACAACACUCAGAUAAAAAAAGUUGUCCGAACAUCGCUUAUCCUAUGCUCGUCUGUAUACGUGAUGACAAGCAUCUUUGGUUUCCUCUUAUUUGGUGACGGAACACUUGAUGACGUGCUUGCAAACUUUGACACAAAUCUUGGAAUCCCGUAUAGCUCGUUGCUAAAUGAUGCGGUCCGUGUUAGUUACGCUGCUCAUUUGAUGCUCGUUUUUCCGAUUGUCUUCUUUCCGUUAAGACUGAACUUAGACGGACUACUUUUUCCGCGAAAAGGGGCAUUGGUGUUGGAUAACUAUAGGUUUUCAGCAAUCACAAUUGGCCUCAUUGGCGUCAUCUUUUUGGGUGCAAACUUCAUUCCCAGCAUUUGGGAUGCUUUUCAGUUCACUGGAGCAACUGCUGCUGUUUGUAUUGGCUUCAUAUUUCCUUCUGCCAUCACUCUUGGGGAUCGUUAUGGCAUCUCGAGUAAGAAGGACAAGAUCUUAUGUGUGUUCAUGAUCGUUCUUGCGGUUUUCUCGAACGUGGUGGCUGUUUAUAGCGAUGCUUUGACUUUGUUCAAGAAGAAUGGAGCGACCCGCGAAUAGUGGCCAUUUCCAAAGUUACUUCUCAUGACGGUAAAACUCGAGUCACUCGAGAUCCGAGUUGUAUAGAUGUGUGCUUAUGAUUUUGUUAUUGUAUUGUGUGUUCAAUUCAAUACACUCGGAAAUCGAUUUCAUAUUACGACGCUCAAUCGUCACAUAAACAAUUGUUGUAUCCUUUUGCAUCGUCUUAUCGAAUUUGGGAAGGAAAUAAAAGAAAAACGGAAAUAAAGUUUU